GAAGGCGGGAGCUUCGUUGUGCAUUUGUUGUUGUUAUGGUUAAUUCGUUUUUUUUUAGGAAAAUCAAAACUGUAUUUAAGUUUACGAAAGUGAUCAUCCCAAAUGUCUAAUUGUACAAUAAGAGAAAUCAAUGGCGAUUUGUUUAACGCAGACGAGAAAUAUUCCAUGGCACAUUGCGUUGCAGCCGAUAUGAGGCUGGGCAAAGGUAUCGCAGUAAAAUUCAGAAAUAAAUUUGCACAAAUACCCAGGCUAAAGAAACAAAACGCGAAGCCUGGUGGGGUGGCGAUUUUACAAGAUAAGUCGCGCUUCAUAUACUAUUUGGUCACCAAACAAAGCAGCUGGGGAAAACCAACAUAUCAAACGCUGCACAGCUCGCUGCAAGCAAUGAAAGUACAUAUGCUCAAACAUGAUGUUAACAAAUUGGCUAUACCACGCAUUGGAUGCGGCCUAGAUGGGUUGGUUUGGCAAAAAGUCAAGGAUAUGUUGAGAGAAAUCUUCAAAGAAGUUACUGUUGAAAUAGUAGUUUAUAAUUACGUACCAUGAAUUUUAAAACACAUUGGCUUUCUAUGUAUCAAGGCGCAUUCAUAAUUCAUUAGAUUCGCCUUGUCAAUGUAUUGUAUAAUUCAAAACUACAUAAUAUAGGACGAUGUCAUUUUCAAACUUU